AUGAAUGCAAGUAUCGGUCACCAUAGUGGCGACAUUUUCUUGCAGGAAGAAGACUGUGAAAAUGCGUCGAUAUUGUUUGAUAACUUGACAGACGAUGGUCAUACUAUUCGCAUUGUGAACGAUUUGACGCAGUAUUUGUGGGCACGGAUAAUGCUAGUCGUUAUGUUCACAACUGUUGUGUUUAUUGGAAGUAUUGGUAACUCUGUUGUCCUGGUAACCAGUUGUCGAAAUCGUCGACCAAAUUCUGUAUACAGUGUUUUUAUCGUGAACUUAGCUGUAUGUGACAUGUACAGACUUCUUUGUGAUGGACCUGUGAUAAAACUACUUAUUAUUAACCUAGCCAUUGAUGGUAAUAUGGGCGAGGCGGCGGAAACACUGUGCAGUAUAACUACAUACGCGACUAUUACGUGCGGGGUGUGUUCUAUAUGGACAAUGUUUGUAAUCAGUAUCGAACGCUAUAUUGCUGUAUGCCACCCAUUUAAGUACUCGCGACUGUGGACAAAGAAACGCGCCAGGUCCAUCGUGUUAUUCAAUUGGGUGUUAUGUCUCGUCUCCUUGUUACCGAUCGUUUUGGCGAUGGUAAACACAGUCAAUGUUGUCACUGUCGCAUACGAUAAAACAUCGGCCCAAGACGGCGAUAUGCGACAAAUUUGUGUAUUUGUUGUAACUGCUGACUCCGUAAUUAGCAAUAUAUAUUAUAUAUAUUUAUUUUUAUUUUUGUUCGGACUUCCUCUCAUUUUGAUGACCGUUGCUUAUGUUCGUGUAUUUCGCGAAUUGCAUCGAAGUAUGGACAAUUUCUCGCAUUCUUCGGCUGCUCAGAGAGAAACUGAUAGGCGACACAAGAUUGCCAAAAUGAUGAUAUGCAUUUUAGUGGUGUUUGCCGUUUGCUGGUUACCUUAUAUGUGUCUGUGUGCAUAUGCUGCAUUUGGUGGCAAUAUGCAAGUGGACAAUAUCAUUUUCAUUUAUUUGUUUUUUUCCUGGUUCAUUUUCCUAUGCAGCGCCAUCAAUCCUUAUAUCUACAGUCGGUAUUCUCGUGAUUUCCGCCAAACUUUGUGUAAAGUUAUGUGCUGCUGUAGAACGGAACGACAGGUCAAUGCCUGCUGCGCAUGCGUAUUUGGUUGCAACCAAGGUAACGAGGUCGAAAUGGAUGCAUCCGAUAUUAACAAGUCCGGAAGAAAAACACGUGCAACCGAGACGAUGACAUCAAGUACGUUAGACUAUGAGAGCUCUGCGACUGCGCAGGACGACAGCGAUCAGUCGAAUGAAAAUAUCAGUGUCUUUACACCGAUGAUUACUCCAAAUGUAGAUCAGAGGGAUAACAAUAUUGCAGAGACAGGAACGAGUAUAUAG